CCCAAAAUGGCGCUUCUCAUUUCACCCCUUUUAUCCUCCCUCUCUUUCCUUUACUACAAAGUCCUAACCUUCUCUUCUCUUAAUUUCCAAAUCCUCUCCCCCCCUCUCUCUCUGCGACUGCAAAAGGGUUAACUGAAGAGUGAGUGAGGCAGGGAGUAAGAGGCAAUGGCUGAUCAAGAGAACUGUGUGAGAGUGACAAGGGCGGCGGCCAAGAAGAGGGUUGCCGAGUAUGCGGGGAUAACGGAGGAGAAAGCUACGAAUAAGAAAAGGGUUGUUCUGGGGGAGCUUUCCAACUUGUCUAACGUUGUUGUUUCGGUGAAUAAAGUUCAGGCGAAGGAAACCCAGAAGCAGCAGCCUAAAGGGAAUGUGAAGAAACAGACGAGAGUGGUAAAGCCGGCUUUGAAAGUGAACAAAGAGAAAGCUGCGGAUGAAAAAGCGGUGGAUAUUGAUGCUAAAUUUGAUGACCCUCAAAUGUGUGGGCAUUACGUAUCCGAUAUCUAUGAAUAUCUUAACCAAAUGGAGGUGGAUCCAAAGAGAAGACCUUUGCCUGACUAUAUUGAGAAGGUACAGAAGGAUGUUAGUACAAAUAUGAGAGGGAUUUUGGUGGAUUGGUUGGUGGAAGUUGCAGAGGAAUACAAGAUUGUUUCAGAUACUUUAUAUAUGACCGUUUCCUACAUUGAUAGGUUCCUAUCUUUAAAUGCUCUCAAUAGGCAAAGGCUUCAGUUACUGGGUAUAUCUUCAAUGCUCAUUGCCUCAAAGUACGAGGAAAUUAAUCCUCCAAGUGUGGAAGAAUUUUGCUACAUAACAGAUAAUACAUACACAAAAGAUGAGGUGGUGAAAAUGGAGGCAGAUAUACUCAAGUCCUUGAAGUUUGAAUUGGGUAAUCCUACAGUUAGAACAUUUCUGAGGAGAUUUACCAGAGUUGCACAAGAAGAUUACAAAGCUUCCAGCUUGCAGCUAGAGUUCCUUGGAUAUUACCUUGCAGAGUUGAGUUUGUUGGACUAUGGAUGCGUAAAAUUUUUACCAUCAGUGGUUGCUGCUUCUGUAAUCUUUCUUACAAGAUUUGUAAUUCGACCAAAGAGACAUCCUUGGAGCUGUGCCUUGCAACAAUAUUCAGGUCACAAAGCAUCUGAUCUAAAAGAAUGCGUCCUUAUCAUACAUGACUUGCACUUGAGUAGACGAGGAGGUACACUUCAAUCAGUUAGAGAAAAGUACAAGCAGCAUAAGUUCAAAUGUGUGGCAACAAUGCCCGCUUCUCCAGAGAUUCCAGCGUCUUAUUUUGAAGAUGUUGAAGAAGUUGAUAUUUCCUUAGCUGAAGAUGUUCACGUGGUGAAAGUUUGACAUAUGUUAUUUAUGAUUUGUGUAAUUUCUAUAAUUCAACUUCUUGGAGAAGGCAUUGAUGUGGGUGAAAUGAACAUUCAAACACCAAGAGACUGACACUCGACCUUGCAAAUCACGAUUGGUUGAAGAACUCUUAAACUGAUGUCGCACCUAUGAUGCAAGUGGUUAAUGCUUGGAGAUUUAUAUCUGUUGGCAGUCUUACUGACUCCCAAAAUGUUUCUAACGUGGCAGAGCUUUAGUAUGUAAGUGAUUCUUAGAACAACAAUAUUGAAUCAUGUUGACUGAUAGAUUGUAAGUGCCUGGUGGUUGUUUUAGCUACAUCUGCCUUUGCAAGGUUUAAUGGUCAAGAGAUGUUCUUUAAUUGAUUUUUCAAGCCUUAUGGUUGGGUGAUGUAAAACUAUUUUGUUGACAAAUGGAUAUCAUUCUCAGGAAGCAUUGAAUAUUCAACUCUUACCCUAUCUGUAAACGUAAGAUUUUGGUUUUCAUCUAAUAAAUAAUCUUAAGACUUAAACCUGAUGUAACGAUUGUUGGUGUUGUUUAGUCUUCUGAUUUUUCAUGGAUAUUGUU